AUGGAGCCUGAUCAUGACAACUUCAACGGGCUGCCCCCCUUCCCCUCAGACGUUCCAACCGCGCCACUUCUUCGCCUGUCUCUCUCAAAGCUCCUAACCCAAGAUGAAACAGAACUCAAACGACUGAUAGAGACGUCUGAAGAAAUUGGUUUCUUUUACUUAGACUUGCAAGAGCCGAGCUGUGGGAAUGGACUCCUGAAUGAUGCGGAUAGGCUGUUUCAGACUGGCAAGGAUCUGUUCUCUCUUGAUCUCGAGGAGAAACAGAAGUACGAUUUCAGCAGUCAGAAUUCCUAUUUUGGCUAUAAGUCACAAGGCGCAGCGGUUGUUGACCACCAGGGAAAUUUGGACCGUAAUGAGUUCUACAAUGUCUCGAAGGACGACAUCCUAGGAAUGAUGGAUCCGCUUCCUGCUCCAGACGUUCUGCUCCAGAAGCGUGACUUGCUGGAGUCAUUCAUGAGAUCCUCCCACUCGAUAGUCACUCUCAUUCUUAACCUCCUCAACACCGAUUUGGACCUUCCAGACUCCACGCUGGCGAACCUACACCAUUUGACCGCACCUAGUGGUGACCAAGUCCGAUUUAUCAAGGCACCACCUCAACCUGUAGAUGACCGUCGCACAGCCAUGGGUGAACACACUGAUUUUGGUAGCGUGACUAUUCUCUUCAACCGUAUUGGAGGGCUUCAAGUUCUCCCACCGGGCGAAGACGCAGAAUGGGCGUAUGUGCGGCCGUUGCCCGGACACGCCAUCGUCAACUUGGGGGAUGCGAUGGUGAAGUUCACGAAUGGACUCUUACGCUCGAAUAUUCACCGUGUGGUAUCUCCACCGGGAGACCAAGCCGAUUCGACGCGCUAUAGCCUUGUCUAUUUCGCCAGGCCGGAAGAUAGCGUGAUGUUGAGGAGGUUGGAGGGAAGUAGUAGGAUUCCUGUUCUGCAAGAUGGGGAUGUUGAAGAACAUGUCAACAGUAAGGAUUGGAUUAUUCGGAGGGCUCUGGGCCGCAGGGGAGAUGUUAAAGAUAUUGACUUUGAAAAGUCUGCUGGAACUGAGAUGUUGAGUCGGAGGAUCAAGUAUAGCUUUGGCGAGGUAAGCCUGCUCUUUCCGUUGAGGACCCCCAGGUCUUCUUUCUCAUCCGACCUAAUUUCACCAUGCUGGUCACAUAGAUCGCAAGGUACGCUAAAAAGCACACUAGGUCUAAACUCGUUCGAACUACGCGAUAAGAGCUCCUCCCCUUCCUCCACCGAGCCGAGCACACGGUAUCACAAAAACGCGGAUACCUUUACAUAUCAUUCGGAUGUGUUGGUCGAAAUCGAACAUCGGCGAGAUUGCUUUUUCGAGCAAAUUUGGGGUUUGGUUCAACCGCUUUUGGGCCAGAGGGUUGGCGAUGUGGAAGACAUCGUCAGCCCUAAAAUGCCACAAUAUCAGACGCUAGAGGCGCAGCCUGAAGGACUGAGGGGACAGUUGAAGCCGUAUCAACUGGACGGACUAGAGUUCUUGCUCUAUUUAAGAAAUAACGGUAUCGGGGGUAUCCUCGGCGAUGAGAUGGGCCUAGGCAAAACAGUACAGACGCUGGCUCUAUUUCAACACGUUAAAGAGAACGAAGACCUCAGCACGCCCAUCCAGAACGACCUGAAGGAGUUGUGGUCAAUUUUCCGCUGGCUUUACCCCGGAGUUUUCUCCUCCGAAACAGCCAGACUCUUUGAGGAAUCAUUCGUCUUAAACGAAGGCCAGAUUGAAACUGACUUCCUUGACCACGUUAAGGCAUUCUUGAAGCUUGUCAUGCUUCGUCGAAUGAAAAACUCUCGCGAGGUAGGGCUUGACAUCCCUCCAUUGAGGGAAACAAUUCUGUCCGUGCCACUCUCUCGGAUGCAAUAUUCGUGGUACAUGGGAAUCCUUACGGGUGUCGACCAACCUGUAAACGAAGACGGCGUCAGCACUCCAUCAGGGGAUCACAGCGCCGAGCCAGAUUGGCAAAAAGCAUUAUGGAACAGCGAUGACACCUGGGCCCAGUCGACGAUCGAAUUACAACCCGUCAAAGAGAAGAAGAGGUACAAAAUCCAGGCAAACACCCUGAUGGAACUUCGAAAGUGCUCAAUCCACCCCUACAUGUUACGCGCGGCUAUCCCCGACGAGGAUCCAUCCGGGAAGGACUUGGUAGCUGUAUCAGGAAAGUUCGUUGUCCUGGAAAAGCUUGUCCGCAAUUACCUGUCCGAGGGAAGAAAGAUGAUCAUUUUCUCAAAUUUUGACCAAGCUUUGAACCUUUGCGAGGACAUGCUGGAAGUUCUCAAAAGCCAGACGACUUUUGAAUAUGCAAGGCUCGACGGCUCAACAUCUAGCGCUCGGCGAAGGCUUUCAGUUCACUUGUUCAACAAUGACGCAAGAUAUAUGGUCUUCUUGCUUGCGAUUAGGGCAGGUGGCGAAGGACUCAAUCUCGUUAGCUCCUCAGUCGUUGUGUUCCUCGACGAAGAUUGGAACCCGCAGGUGAUGAAACAAGCUGAAGCAAGAGUCCACCGGAUUGGUCAGACUCGGGCAGUUGACGUUUUCAGACUCCAUUCGAAAGGCACCGUGGAAGAGCAGAUGAGUCGCCGUUUGCUGAAGAAGGCAUACCUUGCCGACAGAUCUGUGACGAACUCGAAUUAUCAGAACUUACCGUCACCGAUGUCAGCGCAUGUGACUGAUAACCCAAAGAGGCCGACUUCCUCUGUUGACGAGAAAGAGUGGUUGAAGAGAGCCGAAGGCGUAAAAACGAACAUCUUCAACGGUGCAGUCAUCGACACCACGUCGACAUCCUGGGCGUGGGAUCAUCACUCAUCCAUGACUCUCAGUCGGGCCGAUCGCCGCAUCGGCAAGCAUAGAAUUACAUGCGUCGACGACUGGGAAGUUCUAACGGAAAACAUCGUCAAUGACGGGCGGACAGUCGCUAGCAAAGAGACUCAGGGAAAGCAUAAAAGAACCAUAUCUAACGAGCUUUCGUGUGAAUGCUCAUAUUGCGAAAAGUGUCUCGACUGGAACAGCACUGACUUCGUUGGGACCAAUCUGGCAUACCAAGCCGUUGGCCAUCUCCCGGGAAACAUGUUCUACGUUCACUGCGUGAAGUGUGCCAAAAAGAGGAACGGACUAUUUGAGGUUGACCGCACUUUGAUUAAACGGCCCAGACUGUCCUGA